GAACUGGGUUACACUGUCACCCGAUCCCCGCGGCCGCUGGAAUGUCCUCCCCGGUGCUAUUUAAGGCGGGGGCCAAGGAGCCGGCUCUCAGGUUGAUGGUUGCACAGAGAGGGGUGUAAGGCCGGAGCAGGGACACGGUGCCGAGGUCCCAACGCCCCUCUGCCACGAUGGUGGGUCUGAAACCCCCUGAAGUGCCCCCAACAGCCGCCGUGAAGUUCAUCAGCGCGGGGACAGCCGCCUGCAUCGCCGACCUCUGCACCUUCCCCCUGGACACUGCCAAAGUGCGGCUGCAGAUCCAGGGCGAGGUGCGGAUCCCCCGGAGCACCAGCGCCGUGGAGUACCGGGGUGUUUUGGGGACGCUGAGCACCAUGGUGAGGACGGAGGGACCCCGCAGCCUCUACAGCGGGCUGGCGGCCGGGCUGCAGCGGCAGAUGAGCUUCGCCUCCAUCCGCAUCGGGCUCUACGACUCGGUGAAGCAGCUCUACACCCCUAAGGGCGCUGAGAGCACAGGGCUGGCGGCGCGGGUGCUGGCGGGCUGCACCACGGGGGCGGUGGCGGUGGCGUGCGCCCAACCCACCGACGUGGUCAAGGUACGGUUCCAGGCCAACGGGGCGAUGCCGGAGAGUGCCCGGAGGUACAGCGGCACCGUGGAUGCCUACCGCACCAUCGCCAGGGAGGAGGGCGUCCGUGGGCUCUGGAGAGGGACGCUGCCUAACAUCGCCCGCAAUGCCAUUGUCAACUGCGGGGAGCUCGUCACCUACGACCUCAUUAAGGACGCGCUGCUGCGGACGCAGCUGAUGACAGGUAAGGAUGGUACCAGGGGGACGCGGCUGGGUGCCAUCCCCGUCCCUGCAACCCUCAACCCCUGGGUCUGCCCCACAGACAACAUCCCCUGCCACUUCGUGGCCGCCUUUGGGGCCGGCUUCUGCGCCACGGUGGUGGCGUCGCCAGUGGACGUGGUGAAGACGCGGUACAUGAACGCCGGUCCCGGGCAGUACCGGAACGCGCUCAGCUGCCUCCUCGCCCUGCUCAUGCAGGACGGCCUCGCCGGCUUCUACAAGGGGUUCGUCCCCUCCUUCCUGCGGCUCGGCUCCUGGAACGUGGUGAUGUUCAUCUCCUACGAGCAGCUGCAACGCGUCGCGGUGCUGGCCCGGACGCCCCAAUCCUGACCCCCCCACACACCCCGGCCUUUCUCGUCAGCGUUGGCGAGACACAAGAGUAAAUUAUAUUAAUUGCUGGAGCGGCGGGGGAGCAGCGACACCCCCAGCCCAACAGGGAAACCCCGAGAGGGACCGGCGAGACAGGAGGAGAAACGACGCUGUUUGCAGAGAAACGUGGGAGAACGGAGGUGUUCAGAGAGGAGUUUAGGGAGGAAGAAAAACGCAUUUGUAGGUUUUUUCCAGCCGGGAAGAGCUUCCCGGCAGUGGUGGGAACAAGGCGAGCAGUGUGGGCAGGCGGGACCGAGUCGAGGGCUGGGGGAUGUGGCGAUUCCUGAUAUUCCUUACCGACGCUUCCAAUAAACCGCCCCUGUGGGGUCUGAUCGCA